AUGGCACCACACCCGACGCUCAAGACGACCUUCGCGGCCAGGAGCGAGACGGCGACGCACCCGCUGACGGCGUACCUGUUCAAGCUGAUGGACCUCAAGGCGUCCAACCUCUGCCUGAGCGCCGACGUGCCGACAGCGCGCGAGCUGCUGUACCUGGCCGACAAGAUUGGCCCGUCGAUUGUCGUGCUCAAGACGCACUACGACAUGGUCUCGGGCUGGGACUUCCACCCGGAGACGGGCACGGGCGCGCAGCUGGCGUCGCUGGCGCGCAAGCACGGCUUCCUCAUCUUCGAGGACCGCAAGUUUGGCGACAUUGGCCACACCGUCGAGCUGCAGUACACGGGCGGGUCGGCGCGCAUCAUCGACUGGGCGCACAUUGUCAACGUCAACAUGGUGCCCGGCAAGGCGUCGGUGGCCUCGCUGGCCCAGGGCGCCAAGCGCUGGCUCGAGCGCUACCCCUGCGAGGUCAAGACGUCCGUCACCGUCGGCACGCCCACCAUGGACUCCUUUGACGAUGCCGCCGACGCCAAGGACGCUGAGCCUGCCGCUGUGAAUGGCCUGGGCUCCAUUGGGGUCUUGGAGAAGCCCAUCUACUCGAACCGGUCCGGCGACGGCCGCAAGGGGAGCAUCGUCUCCAUCACCACCGUCACCCAGCAGUACGAGUCCGUCUCCUCGCCCCGGUUAACAAAGGCCAUCGCCGAGGGCGACGAGUCGCUGUUCCCGGGCAUCGAGGAGGCGCCGCUCAACCGCGGCCUCCUGAUUCUCGCCCAGAUGUCCAGCCAGGGCAACUUUAUGAACAAGGAGUACACCCAGGCCUGCGUCGAGGCCGCCCGGGAGCACAAGGACUUUGUCAUGGGCUUCAUCUCGCAGGAGACGCUCAACACCGAGCCCGACGAUGCCUUUAUCCACAUGACGCCCGGCUGCCAGCUGCCCCCCGACGACGAGGACCAGCAGACCAACGGAUCGGUCGGAGGGGAUGGUCAGGGCCAGCAGUACAACACGCCGCAUAAGCUGAUUGGCAUCGCCGGCAGCGACAUUGCCAUUGUGGGCAGAGGCAUCCUCAAGGCGUCAGACCCCGUGGAGGAGGCAGAGCGGUAUCGAUCGGCGGCGUGGAAGGCCUACACCGAGAGGCUACUGCGAUAG